AUGCCUUAAUACUGUAUAGAUACACAUGGUGGCCUAUAAUGACAUGUACCAAUUCUUAUGAUACAUUUCCAAAGAUUAUGGUAUAUAAGGUCAAAUUCUAGUCCCUAAAGUUCUAGUCACUAAAAUAUAUUUUGUAGCAGAACUCAUAGUACACAAUUAUGCACAUUGGUGUCAUGCUUUUGAACAUUUUAUGUGAGCUGCACACCACUCAUAAUGCAAUUUGACUAUUGUGAUGUGUUAUAAUUUCAUCACAAACCCAUUUAAGUAAAGUUUUGAUUGCUUUAUGUAUUUUAUUAUAAAUGUGUUUGUAAUACAUUAUGGGCAUAGUUUGCAUAGGAAGUGAGGCUGUUUUAAUAUGUUAUCAGACAGAGAGUAGGCUGCUGCACUGAGCAGAUUGGGUCAUCCAAGGCAAGCGCGUUACCUAAUCCCCAAACCUGCCAGCAUAGCUCUGCACUGUUUCUCUAAGGGGUGGUACGCCCAGGUUUAAUGAGAAAACAAUGUAAGGAAACAAAGGUCAUUCAUAAUCCUUUCCGGAUUCUAUUCCAACAGCAACAAAUGCUUGCACGAUUUAAAGGGGAAGUGCGCCUGCUUUUGUUUGACUUCACAAAUCUAAAUACGAAUCACACAGCUGCCGUUAUGAAAGUACAGCUCUCUUCCUUAAAUUCAAUAAUAUUGAAAACUAUUGAAAACAUCCUUUUCACCCCAGGUACUAUGUAACGGCAAAGCCAACUGUGUCUCAGGGCAGGUGACCGAGGAUUUUGUUCACUCUGAACUAGGAGACCGUGCAAUUCCUCUCUGAUCUGAUUUAUUUUACUUUUUGCCGACACAUCUUCACAGUACAAAUCCCCUUUACCCUAGUUUAUAGAGUGCAACAACCUUUUUCCUGAACUUUUUUUUUUAUCCCAGCAGGGCAGCAAGAUUUCAAAAGAACGUUUGAUUCCAACUUGAUUUUUAAAAUUUGUUUCAUUUCUCAAAGCUGCUUAAUGCACAAACAGAACUGAAGCUUAGCCACAUUAACAGUAAAUGAACCCCCACAGAAGCACAGUUUAGUUCAGAACCUCUCUCUCAGCACUGAAAACCCCAUCUACCAUGAUUGUAUACACAUUGCUGGCAUGGCUGGAUAUUAAGGGCUGCCUGCUAACUUGCUUUGUGAUCCUACUUGUGGCCGAUAUUAUCAGGAAUAAGAACCCACCAAAUUUCCCGCCAGGACCAUGGCCCCUGCCUUUUUUGGGAAAUGUUUUUACUGGUGUUGACUAUAAGACCAUGGACAAGCUUGCUGAGGAGUAUGGCAGUGUCUUCAGUCUGAGGAGGGGCAGUGAGAAGACGGUGUUUGUGUCAGGCUUCAGGACGGUGAAGGAGGCUUUGGUGAAUCAGGGACAGAGUUUCACUGACCGUCCUGUGAGUCCUCUGUUUGAUGAAAUCUACAAAGGCCACGGUUUGUCUUUUACCAACGGAUACGUGUGGCACAAGCAGAAGCAGUUCGCCCUGGCCCACUUAAAGAACUUCGGAGAAGGCAGGAAGACAUUGGAGUUCCACAUUCUGAAGGAGUGCGACUUCCUCAGCGAGGUCAUCAGAGAAGAGCAGGGUAACUGCCUGUGGAGUACAGGAGGAGGACCAUUCGACCCCCAUGAAAAAUUGAACAAUGCUGUCGCCAAUAUCAUUGGGGUUCUGGUGUUUGGUCGUCGCUUUGAAUAUGGGGACAUACGCUUCCAGAAGCUUCUACGCAUGAGCGCUGAAUCUGUCUCCUUAACUGGCUCAGCUGGUGCCCAGCUUUAUGAUUCCUACCCAAGGCUCCUUAAAUAUUUUCCUGGUGUUCACCAAACCAUCAUCUCAAAUUAUGGAAAACUUGCAAAUUUCUUGAGAGAAGAGAUUGACAAGCACGUAGAGGACUGGGAUCCAUCUAACCCUCGUGAUUAUAUUGACUGCUACUUAAUGGAGAUAGAAAAGAGGAAGAAUGACACAGAGGCUGGAUUCAAUAAGGAGAAUUUGGUAUUCUGCACUGUGGACUUGUUUGAAGGAGGAACAGAGACUACAACCAAUACUAUGCGCUGGGCCCUUCUCUUUAUGAUGAAGUACAUGAAUGUACAGAAGAAGGUCCAGGCUGAGAUUGACAGAGUAAUUGGCCAAUCACGGCAGCCCACCCUGGCAGACAGAGGUGACAUGCCCUACACUGAUGCUGUGAUCCAUGAGAUACAGAGGAUGGGCAACAUUGUGCCCCUGAAUAUGGCCAGGAUUGCCAGCAAGGACACAACACUGGGAGGAUGCUGUCUACCUAAGGGUACAGUCGUGGUCACUAAUCUGUCCUCUGUGCUGAAUGACAAAAACGAGUGGGAGACACCGGACACCUUCAAUCCGGGUCAUUUUCUGGAUUCUCAUGGCCGGUUUCGGAGAAGAGAGGCGUUCUUUCCCUUUUCAGCUGGUAAGAGGGUGUGUCCAGGGGAGCAUUUGGCUCGGACGGAACUGUUCCUGAUCUUCACGUACCUUCUCCAGCAAUUCACCUUCUGCCCUCCCCCCGGCGUGGAGCUGAGUCUGGAGAGUCAGCUUGGGUUCACGCAGUCCCCAAAGCCUUUCCAGAUCUGCGUCUCCAAUCGCUGAUUUCUCAACAAGCAACCAUUAGCGGUCGGGCUAGUCAUACUGUAUGUACAGUGACUGAAACAGGACCAGAAGUGAAAAAUGUGCUUUAGUUCAAAUGUAAACAUGCACAUAAGAUGCCACAACAUUUGACAGGGAGUGUACUAGAAAUGUUGGAGAUUUUACAGUAAAACAUAUGUAAACAAAUGAGAGAAAUUCUGAUGUGUUUUUCCUUUGCUUUGAGUGUAAUUGUAUGUUUUUAAAGUACAUUGGAAAACAUUGAUUUCAAAUUGUGUAUAUGGACAACAUGAUUUGUAUUCAGACAUAA